UCGGAUUGCAGUAGCAAAAGUCAACCAGAGUAACCUACCCUUUCUGUUUUGGAAACUGACGCCGGGCAGGUGCUUGUUUUGGCUUGCAGUACAGAGAAACCAGAAUUAUGGAGAUAACAGUACUUCAUCCAAGAUCUGGGAAGACCCUGGCCACAUUAACCAAUAUUUCCACAGGGUCCAGUAUUUCUGAUGUGAAAAGAGAGUAUGAGAAGAAAUUUCCCAAGUAUUACCCGACCCGUCAGGCAUUUAAAAGUGAUCCUAAGGGAAAGACACUCAAAGAUGAUGUGAGAUUGAACAGUAUAGACUUCACAAAGCCAGGAACUUUAUACUUCAAAGAUCUCGGGCCGCAAGUCGGCUGGACCACA